UGUAAAAUGUUUUUCUUGUAAUUUUUUUUAAACCAAUAAACUUAAACACAGAAUUAGAAAUAACUGCUUUUUCUUUGUUAUUUAUAAAAAUAAUGUUCUUCAUGAUCUCUUCCUAAUAAAUUAGUGAUAAUCUCAAGCCAUAAACAUGAGUGGAAAUUUUGAACACAGGACUAGGAGAUCCAGGUCACCCUCUGAUGAUUACAGCAAAAGAAGCCUCUUAACAAAAGUAGAUAAAUCUGAAUUAACCAAGAUUCGAGUGGCUAUCAAAAGGGCCAACAUGAUUGGGCCCUGCUCUAAUACUAAUACCUUAGACAGAACUAUAGAUGACCCAUUAAAAAUAUGCGCUCUGGUACAUGUCAGAAAAGGUUUGCCCCCACGAAUGCCAAUUUUCAGCAAAGGUAUCAAAGUGAACCAGGAUUUUUGUGAGGACAGACAAGUGUUUACAUCUAGAAAGUCCAGAAGCAGAUCUAGAUCUAGAAGUUAUCGACGUAGAAGUAGAAGCAGAUCGAGGGGAAGAAGUAGCAGUAGAAGGAGGAGGAGCAGGAGUAAAUAUAGGUCAAGAGACAGGUCUAGAAGCUAUGAAUAUAAACGAAAGAAGUAUAGGUCACUAAGUAGGUCUAGGUCAAGAUCUCCCAGCAAGCAUAAAAAAAACUGCAUUAUGUAUAGAUCACCAGAGAGAAGUAGAAGCAAAUCAGACAGAAAAAGGUCAAUAACUCCAUUAAGACCUGGAGAGUACAGACCAGGACAUCCUGAUUUAGCUUUAAGAAGUAAAAUAAGAAGGUCUAGGUCUAGAAGCAGGAGUCCAAGGAGGGAUAAUAUGCCAUCAACAUCAAGAAGAAGUAGAGAUAGGGAACCUCAGGAUAAGGCUUACCGAAGCAAUUCGCCAUAUGGAGAGAGGUACUACAAGGGAAUUCACAGAUUACAUCCUAAUAUGCAACAGGGAAUAGAUUACGGAUUUUAUAAUGGCUUUGGUCCCAUGCCCAUGCAUCCCCAAUUCCGGGGACGUAUUCCGAUGAUGCACCCCCAUAUGCUCCCGCGGAUGUUUCCUCCUAAUGUCUUCAUGCCCAGAAUGUCUCCUCGGAUACCCUACAGACCCCGCUGGCCUAAUUACAAUAGCGAACAGGAGGCAAAGUCUAAUCCAGAGUUAAAUGUUGAUUAUAAUAAAGAGCCGAUUAUUACUGAACCCGCCGAGUCUGAAGGUGAAACGAAAAAGAACGAGACACUCGUUUCGGCGGUUUCUUCGAGCAAAUCGGAGGAGGAUGAUGGACAAAAUAACUAGGCUUUUGCAGUGGCAGUGUAAAUAUUGUGAUAUUUUUAUUCUUAUAUUUUGUGUUUUGGAUUAUAAGUCUUCAUUUUAUUUUAUUUGUAAGAGCUGUUUUUAUUGUAAGUAUAUGCGUAAGUAUAUUAA